AUGACGAUAGCAAAACAAGACCCGAGAUCUGACGAACGUAGCGUUGGGAAGAUGCACCUGGAAGCCCUUGACGAAACAGGGCAGCAGUCGCUUGAUCGUCCUCUUCCUCGGUAUUCGAUCCAGGGGCUUCAACACGGAGAGGAGACGGCGAUCGAGUUGGCGAAGGGCGAAGAACAAGAACAACUGUAG